CUUGAACUCGUUCGUGCUUGUCCCCGCUUGUAGCAGUACGGCACUCCGGCUGCACCUCCUGCUGUAAAGGCGUUGUGUUAUCUUCCGCUUGGAAAACGGCCAAGUCGGAGGCGGCGCUGACCGAAACCACGCAAAGCCUAGACGGAUCCGCUCUGUGAACAAGUGAAGGGAGGGCGCAAGGUCCAAAUUCCAACAACGCUACCCGCAUCACGAACAAAAAUUGCAUAGGUGAUGUCCUAUGCACUGCACAGACAAGGAGGCGCCAGGGCUCGUGGCAAUGUCGGUGCCUGCCACCGCUGCACGCGCGGUGCGUGGCCUCCUAGGCCGGCCAAGUCACAGUCGAGCAGCUGUCGAGCAGGAAGUGCUCCCCUUCCUCUGUCCGGCGGCCUUCUCCAGUAAUAUGGCACCGAGAAACAAAGGAAGGAAGUCUUCUGUGCGAAAGGGACAUGUCUUGUCUCCAUUCACCUUCGCCUCUUCCUCCAGGGUGACGCUCGACCGUCUCCCACAUCGGGCAUAUACAUAUUACAUCUACUCAUCGGCGCCAAUGUCGCAUAUGGCUGUCGCUCGUGUAAGAGAGCCGGAAGAGGCCCGAGUCCAUGACCUGAAAGACGACGGAAAUGCAGCAUCAGCAGCAUGGAGGUCCAAAACGACACUAGACAGCCAAGGGCAGCACUGGUACAAUUGCAAAGGCAAGGGCAACCCGGAAGAGCCUACAGACAUUCCUUCACAGACCCGAGACAGAAAUACCAAACAUUUCGAGGACCCCAUCCUCAAUCGCCUUCUUGCGAGAGUGAAAGAGUCCCGGUCUGCCGGGCGAAACUCUUCUGCCUUGUACCAGCUUGCGAAAUCAGUCGCACGGGGGUCACCGUCCAUCGACAACAGCAGAAGCGCGCUGUUGCCAUUAGGUGCAGCGGAGGCAGCAGAGACGGUCGACUCUCUGCUUCACGAGCUCGCGCGAAAGCCUUCUGACUGGGAUCCCCGCUUGAACUCCGCAGCGGUAUGCCUCGCACUAAUCGUCGACAUCAUGGUCCAAACACCAGAGGAAGCACGAAAUGGCAGACUACAGCAUGUUCUCGCCAGCUUCGAAAAGCACCAGAUGCGGCCUAAGCUUGUGGAAUUACGCAGCGUGGUGCAAUUUGCCAUGUUGAAGAGGCACCUCGAAGAUGCGCGCGUGCUUGUUAACUACGCGCUGCAAGAUACCGUGGCAGGUGGUGUGCAUGCGGCGUGGUUCCGUGCAAUGGAGCAAGACUUAGCGAUGCUACCCCCCACGCGGUCGCAGGCGCUUGUCGAGGAAGACGAAGAGGAAGCUCGCCUGCAUGAACCCAGGAGGCACAAGUGGGGAGCGCUGAUCGGGCGUAUGCUUGCACCGUAUUCCAUCUCUACAGCUGCAAUUGCACAAGCGCGAGAAGACAUCGCCAACAGCGUGCGAAGAGGCGACAUAAAUGCUCUACGAGACAUCCUGACGAAGCUUUAUGCGUCCGGUAUGGACCUACCCAGCGGUAUCGUGCUGCCUGUGCUUCUCGGGCUCUCUUUCGAUCCAGCCGACCCGGCCGGAUACGGCGAUGCCCGCACGCUCAAGGCGAUCAGACGCAUGCUCGCUUUUUCCAAACCGGCGGCAGACGGGACUGACUCUAAGAGUCUCAGCCGCGCGCAGAGUCGGCAACGCAUGCGCAUCCUGCGCGUUCUCUGCAAGUAUCGCACCGACCACCGCGAUGCACUCGAAAGGUGGAAAAGUGCGCGCUCAGGCCGCGGCGAGGCAAUGCAGGCGACGCGGCGGGCGGUGCACGACGAUGAGACAGGGCAACAGUACGAAAAUGAAGAAGUCCAGGAGCAGGAGCAGUGUUCAGAUCUAGGGGAAGAGCCGUUGGAAGCGUCUGAGGAAAGCGAAGUGAUCCUGGAUGAGGAAGAGCAGUAUCACGAUCUGGACAUCAAAGAAGGUCUGCAAUGGAUGCAGGAAACGGCAGCGGUGCCAAUCGCAGACGCUUCGACGAGGCUCUGCUCUUCACUUUCCGCUGAGCCGUCUUCUCGACUGAUCAAGCCCAAACUGUCCGCCCGAACAACCACCAGGGCCGCAGCCAGUACCGACUCGCCGAUCGCGUACACGUCGGCCAUGUAUACGACGCGCAUCAGGCGCUUGACGCUCGUCGACCGGGACUACGACACGGCGGAGCGGAUGCUGCAACACAUGAUGUCACGCGGGCUCACACCCACACUCUCCCACAUUGCGCCGUUCAUCGAGGCUCUCGCGCUGGAUGGGCGCAUGGAAGAUGCGCAGCGCGUCAAAGCGGAAGCGAAACAAACGCUCGGCCUACGUCCGGAUGUGCGCAUCCACGCGGCGCUCAUUGCGAGCUAUGCGCGUCUGGAUGACGAGACGGGUCUGCGGAGGGAGUUGCAGGAGCUGCGCGAUGCCAAGCCUGAGCGAGAGGCGCUAGUGAUCGUCGAGAACAUCCUGGCGGCCAACGCCGCACGCAAGCAGAGAGAACGGCAGAGGCGGGGCGAUCGCGCUUUUUUGAAGGACACGGACGUGAUACAGAUGCCGUCGAUCGCACAGUCGCCCGUCGUCUCGUUUCUCUCUGAGCCCGUCGAUCCUCCUCGCUCGGAAGGCCCAUCGUCUUCACCAACCAUGUCGCGUCCGGUCUCUGCAGCGUCGUCGACGCGGCGCGAGCAACUGACCAACGUGCACGUUGCCACGACACACUUCACCGACCUUGUUGCCGACCGCGACCACCUGCGCGCGCAAGGGUUCCUCGCGGACGCGCUCGCUGCGGGUCUGCGACCCGACCCGGCAUUGGCGCGCCUUAGCAAGCGGUCAGGCAUGCAUCUCAGGCGUCUCAAGCGCUUGCUCGGCAUGUCGAACCCGAGCUCUAACCCAGCAGCGGAUGACGGCGGAGAUGCGAGCGUGAAAACGCUCAGGCAAGCACUAGACAGGGCAGUCCAACUGCACCUCUCGAACCAGCUUAUCAUCCAACGUCGUCUCGUGGCGUGGCACAAGCACACGCCGUGGACAGCAGCCCCAGCCGCCGGAAGAGGACAACGCUCCCGCAGGCAGCAGCAACAGCCGCAAGCGGGGCGUGCGAAACGUCGCGACAUCGUGCGCUUCUUGUUCGACUUGAUCGACGGGCGCAUCGCACGGGCCGGCCUCGCACUGCGAGCGAGCCGCCAAAGCGAGAGCCAGAUCUAGAGUCAAGAAGCGGACCGCAAAGCUCAACAACCACCGGGCAGCGAAGGAGCGAAGAAGGGCGAUGUAGCAUAGCUCACACGCAACUCGGCAGAGCAUCAGC